CGAGAAUAUUUUUCAAAUUAUUAAACACGAACGCAAUUGUCUUAUUCAUUUCCGCUAUCGUAUCGAAGUCAUGCUCACCUAAGCCACUAACAUUAAAUAACAUUUGAAACCGUUCGACUUGCGAGUCGAACGUUAAGCGAUUUUCUAAACGAAGGAUCCCUUCGACUCGGCGAUUAUGAAAAAGUAAUAAAUGCGCCUUCUAUAACGUAUGAAAUUACGAAAAGAAGCCGACCCAAUUCGCGAAGUAAGCUUGGAAAAAGCAUCGUAAGUGGUCAUUUCAUGAUUACAGGCACCGCGCCGAAGGGAUAUUAUGAUUUCUGAUUCGAUUCAGAAUAUCGGCCAUCGAGCGAUCGUCGUUAUAGGGCUUCUUUAAUAAUCGUUCGAUUAUAUCGUUUUUCAUUCGACUAGUCUUACUUUUAUUCACUUUACUUCACUUUAUUUCUUGCUCUUUUUUAUGGAAAAAAUUAUAUGCGAAAAACAUUCCGAAGAGGUAAAAAAUCGCGAAUAUCGUUCGACAAAUCGUUGUCAUCGCGUUGGGAUGAAAAUUAUCGACUUCCUUUCGGAAGAAUCAAAAAUGAGGUCUUGCUUGAAAAUAGAUGAAUCUUUGAGAAGUUACAAAAUUGAGGCGCUCGAAGAUUGUUAAGUUUCGAAUCGUUGGCCCAGUCAACCACAUCUCCUUCGUUCAAUUUUUGAAGCCGACAGAACCAAGUCUCGACGAUAGAGGAAUACUCUCCUUCUCUCUCUCUCUCUCUCUCUGACUCCGUAUUCACUGACCAUCGAGCUUACGGUCGAAUCGUUUUCCCACUCGACCUCGAAAGACGACUUCUCCGAUCUAUCGUUCGAAAAAAUGUGGUUCAAGGUUACUUCCAAGGUUAUUAAUUCGCGAAAAAAUAUCGUUUAUUUGCCAAAAAAUUACAUGUCAUAUAAUUUAAUUAUAUACCUGCUAUAUCUAUUAUCGUAGGAAAAAUAUUCUUUCGAAGUAAAGAUAAACGUCCGAAUUCUUUAGUUUUUGCCAUUGAUACGAAAGAAACGGGAUCGAUCAUUGGGAGAAUGUGCGCGUGCAGUAGAUUUUACAUUUCUAUUUAUCGAAGGUAAUCGAUUUGGUUCUUUUGUUGAUUUUCGAUGAAAUAUAUCAAUGUAAGUAAAUAACCAUGGGAAGGAGAAAAUAACUACUUACCCGAAUAUUUUUUUUUUCUCCACGAGCAAUCUUAUUCGUAUUCUUUAAAUCUAUAAAGAGUAGAAGAAAGCUACGAACGGACGGUACGGUGCGUUCUCCAUUUAAAUUAAAUUAAAUCCUUUAUUAUUUUUAUCACGAUUAUUCUUGCAAUAUUCCAAUUGGUAAAUAUAAACUUUUUAUAACGAGGCCUUUGGAAGAUAAGAAACUAAGAGACAACGAUAAAAGCCGUCGUACGGUCGCAUGGGUUUUACGUUACUUUACAACGAUUCUCAUCGUCCCAAAUAUCGACUGUAUUAAAACGUCUAUUAUUUCAGUGUGCAUCGUAUUACCGAUAGCCUUGUCAAUUCAUAGCUGUAUUAACGAGAGAGACAUAUUGCUUUAUCAUUGGAAAAGCUUUACCAGAUACUAUGACCUCUGUACUCGUAAUAUCGGUGGAUGCGGAUUCUUAAUAUCUCAAUUAUUAUCAUGAAUAUUUUGCCCGAUAUUAAUAUUACACUUAGCUAUUAUCAAUAUUAUGAUAUCGACGCGUCAUAAAAACGCUGCUAAGCUAAUUUCCAAGAUAUUAAUGCAGUUUCGAAAGGAACGACGCUUUGAUACGUGAGAAUAUUUACGUAAUUAAAAUACUUAAAUACGUCGAAAAAUAAGCCCUCUCUCUCUCUCUCUCUCUCUCUCUCUCUCUCUCUCUCUCUAAGAGUAUCUGUCAAAAGAUUUCGAUCAAGAAAUUUCUUAAAAACAACGAAAAACUCGUACGUUUAUUUUUUAGAGUACGUCAAUAGAAAUGUUUUUUUUUGUUGCAUGUAACGUUUUGAAAUUCAACUCGAGCGAAGGCAUUUCGUAUAACAUGUUGAUCGUACUUAAUUCAUCUUGCUUAUGUAAUAAUGAUCGUUGGACAUUUUAUAAACCAGCUAAUGUACAGUAGUUUUGGCUCCAUCUCAUUCUACUCUCAUUCUACUAUCAGUAUUAUCUCCUCUCAUCUUCCCUUUGUCUCUCGUCUUUUUGCUCGUUUGAAUUUAUCCAUUUUCUCUCUGGCAUCCAAUGCUCCAUAAUACUCUGUAAUACUCUCUCAGAUCAGUUAAAUUUACUUUCCGUAUUUUCCUACGGUUUCGAGACAGUAACUCGUCGCAAUUUCUUUGUCCUCCCUCUCCCCCCCCCCCUUCACUCCUCUAGCGUGUUUUCACCGUUUAACUUCGAUAUAGUUCGUUUUACAGGAGAUUGCAAAGAUGUGUGUCUUUACGGAUUUAUCGAUCGUAUCGUAUCAAUUGGGCAAAUGACGAGAACGAGUUAGUGUAACGAUCCUUUUUGAUGCAAUUAAUAUCGAUAUUGUACUUGAUCGAGCGUUCUUUGUCGAUUAGUUACACCCCAAAUCAAGAUUCUCUGACGUAUCCAUUUAUAAGUGAAAAAGUCAUUUCGUACGUUUUCAUCGAGAAAGCUUUGCGAGAGGACAAGCAUAUAUGAUACAAUGUUAUUCGAUGAGACGUUGCGUGGCACUCUAAGUUUUAAUGCGAUCAAGUUUGAUCAUGUCGAACGAAUAAACAAUAUAAUGAGCGAAUAUGAUAUUGACGCAUUAGCGAAUAUUGUAAAAACUCUUCUAAAGGUGCUCGAAUAAACAAAAUGGUUAAUGAAAGAAUUGUACUCCGGCAAGGCGUAUCAUUAGGAUGUAAUUACAGGAAGCAUUCGUACAUGCGUUUGAAAGCAAUCCGGUAGAAGGAAGUAUUGAGUAUUGUUAGUUCGAAUUUCUCUGAUAUAUGGCACGCACGUCACGAGCUUCCUCGUCCUCCUUCUUUUUCACGCAUGAACGUGUAGACUUCUUCGUUGUCGGACACCGCUAGUACUUGCCGACUUGCCAAGGAGCCGCCAAUCUCUAUUGUUUCGUUCUAGAGCAAGACAUUUACCGAGAUGUUCGUCGUGACUUUCAUCGUUAUAUUUCUCGACACGUUUGCCGAGGAAUGAACGACAGGCAACGGAACGAACAGGCAAAAUAAAUUAUUUACCAAAUUGAAACCUUUUGUCGAUCGACCAUUUAAUUCGCACCUUAGCUACGCUAAUUCGGAAUGCCGUAAACGCGUUCGUUAAUGCGACCAACGAGCAAACAUACCCACGCACGCACGAGUCGCGAAUAGUAAUUCUUCCCUUCUUACAUCGGCCGAUUAAUAUGAAAUUUCCCUCGGACGCCGUCCUUUUCCACUAUUGUAACGCUGGUCCAAUAAGAUCAAUCGAUUAAUAUAAAAAUCAAAAGUUUCGAAGUUUCUGUUGCCAUUUUCUUGAACCAAUAGGGGAAAAAUUAGUCUCUCUUCCCGAGAUCGAAAAGUUCGUUGAUUCUUCAUAUCAUUCGAUAGAAUAUGAAAAUAAACUACUGUACUAGAUACGCACAGUAAUACCAUUACGCAUAAUACAAAAGGAAACCCUUUUUAAGAGAGCAUUAAGUAAGUAUAUAUGUAAAUAUACAAAUAUAUCUAAACUUUCUAUAUUAAGUUAUCUUUAUUUGAAUAAUCACUGUUCAUUUGAAUGUUCUCGGAUCAUACGUCUGUAUUAAGAAUAUUUAAAAUAGCCUUUCUUUAUGCAUUGUCUCAGAGAGAAACGAAUAAUAUUUUUUAUUAAUAGCCGGUUACAUUACCCUUAGAACUUGUGGUCGAAUAUAUUGUAGUCUUUAACUUUCUAUCUUUAACUUUUGAGAGAUUACGAGGCACGUAUUACGAGAUUCGAAUUCAACGUGUAAUCGGUGAGCAUCACAGAGUAACGCUAUUAAAAAUUGUCAAGAUCGUAAAGUUGUUUAAAAAACCAAAAAAAAAAGAAAUGAAGAAAAGAUAUUUUCCGUUGAAUUGCCAACAAAAACAAAACAAAACAAGCAAUAAGAAAAAAAUGAAAAAUAGGACAUAACAAUACUUACGUACAUAAUUAAGUACAUAAGUAGGUCGUGGUUUUUAAUGUAACGUCAAGUGGAACGACGUAUAUAAGAUCAUGUUUAGUGCGUUUUAAAGGACCUCUAUAUCACCGCCACUUAUACUUUAUGGUCCGCUGUCAUUUUCAUGCGAUAAAUAAAUUAAUUUUUUCUAUCGGUAUUAAUGACGGUUGAGUAAACAGCCAUAUAGCUUUGUACGGAUUUAAUUAAUUUCCCAAUCUUUUGUUUUUCACUUUUCAUUUUUUAUUAUUAUAGAAUACGCGAGUAAUGAGUAGAUUAAUUUUAUAUAAAAUACUUGCAACGAUUUAUACGUAAAGGCCUUAUAAGUAAUCAUUUAAAUGAUAUUACGUAACAAAUAUGAAUGACUAAUACAAAAAAUACUCAGCCAAAUAAGCUUUGCUUUCAUUACGUAAGCAUUACAAAUUAAAAUCAAUUAAAUUAUUAUAAUAAAACCGAUUAUUAUUAGUAGAAGAAACAAAAUUCUCUCUCUCUCUCUCUCUCUCUCUCUCUCUCUUGUUAAUCUCGUCGAUUUGUCAGUUUUUUAAUAAUAUAGAGCAGAUCGCUUUCAAUAGUGCUCCUUGAGCAUUAACGGUGCACUCGGGUCUAUUUACGUGUAUCGAAACUUGUGCUAUCGUCUUAUUUGUCACUUUACGACAAGAUUUUUCCAAAGAUUGCUUAAACGUUCAUUUAAAAUAUCAAUUAAUAAUGUUAGUUUUUCAUUAGUUCUUUUUAUCAAAGAAGUUGAAGCGAGAGAUGUUAUUUUAUCACUCUAAUUAUUAUUGCUAAGUACAAUAUGUUUUUAUGUAGAAAUGAAUUUUUCCGUUUCUCUUUCUCUCACGUCCUCGCCUGAAUUCUUCGUAGGUUUUCAUAAAAAUUUUUAGAUAAAAUGUUAUCCUUCCACCGGAUAAGCCGAUUUAAGCGAGUCACGUAAUCGAAGAGGCAGGCAGAGACGGCGAACGUAAGGCGAGAAACGCGAUCGCAAAAUAGGCAUUUAACCGAAAAGGUACUGUCUCGCCCGUGCUUCCGUAUUAACACUUUUCUAUUUUUCCUCGAGAAGCGUAGUGUCCUCGAACGUGGCUAGUUCAACAUUCCCGUUGUUAUACGCUACGACGUUUCGCGUUAGAAAUUCUGACCUACUGAAAAGGAUGCCCUUGCCCCCUUGGUUACCUCCGUGGCAUCCCUCUUCUUCCAAUCGAUCGUCCCAUUUUCCCGCAAAAAGCUGGCUACGAGCGUACUUUAAAUAGAAAUGCGAUUCUUCUUUCUACCAUUCUUUCAUUUUUAUAUCUUUUACGCUGAGUAAACGCUAAGCCUAAAAAAUUUCUUUAAUCUUCUGUUGCACCUUUCACUUCGCAUUAUUUCUGCAUAAUGUGUAUAAACGAAUCCAUACCUCGAGUGGAGCCGACCUAUUCAAUCAUCAAACAAGACGUCGAGUUCACGAAAAAUUACAAAUUUCUAUAUUUGAUAUUUGGUAUUAAUAUCAAUAUUCAAUAUUUAAUUUUAUCGUUUAAAAAAUUUUUCAAAUCUACUAUAAUAUAUUUCAAUGUUUGAUCAUAGCGCAACUCGAAGGCCCACGGAUGAUUAUUUCUUUUAAUACGCCAUAAAUGAGUACGAGUAUGGCAAUAAGAUAGGAUUGUUAGAAUGGCAACAUCUAUGUCAUAUUAAAUUUGCUACAGAAUCCUCCUCGCAUACGGAAUAUAACUAUCGUGCCACUUUUGAUCUUACGGGUGAUACGCGACGGGUAUACGCGACGAUGCGUAUCGCAUAGAUACCUUUGAUACCGUCGCGGAAUAUCCAUAUCUCCCCUUUUCAAAUGCAUCGUAGAUCCAAGGAAAUAAAAGAGCCAAUAGAAAUGCUCGGAACGAUUGGAAGAUCACGAAAUUAUUCAAAAACAAAGAAAUUCUAUUUGAAUAUUCAGAUAUUCGAAUAGUUCUCUUUCUUACAAAACGAAAGACGUUUCAAGGAGAGAAGACAUACUCGUUGUUUGAAUUGUUAAGAACGGCGAAAGAGGAGGAGAAAGUACAUGAUCCCUUCUAGCAAGAAACUUUGUAUAAAAUAGUUUUCACUUAGAACUUGAUAUGCUAACCAACUCAGCGGAGUAACUAAGGAAUAAGACCAUGGGACGUAAAUCGGUUUAUCGAGAAAAAUUAAUUUCGAUCAAAGAAAACCGAUUUAAGUCUUCGAUUUUAUUUUUUUCGAGUCUUUAAAUUAAAAAAUUAAUACUCUUUUAGUGAUUCGACGAAUCUGAUUUUUGACUCUUUCAAUCGAGAAAAGACAUAAAUUUACGUAAAGAAAGAUAAAGAAAUAUUUCUUUUCGACAAGGUGAAACGAGAAAAUAUAAUAACGAAGAAGAGAAAGCAGUCAUAACUGCAACGUCGAAGAUGUAGUUGCUUACUAGAUGUAGUUGAAAUGGACAAAUAGACGAAUAAUGGAUGGCCUCGAUACAAGAGGCAGCACCUUGGAGCUCUGCGACAUUCGGUACAAAAAUUUUACACCACCGCAUGGAGAGCUAUGGUGCAAUUCUGUCUGGGACUCGUUGCUUUGUUGGCCGCCGACGAAAGCUUUCAGUACGGUCAAGCAAAGAUGCCCUUUCGAGGAUGGUUUCGAUACGACGAAAUUCGUGGAAAAGAAGUGUGGUUACAACGGACGAUGGGAAGGACAAAACAGAAGUUCGACCGGCGCAGAGUCGACUCACGGAUGGGCAAAUUAUACGACCUGCAUGACGCCGGAAAUACUUCAUUUCCAUGAGAAGGUUUACACAAACACGCAGGAAGGAGAGAUGAAAAUGGACAUAGCCGAAAAAACGCGCACUCUCGAAUUCGUCGGAUUGAGCAUAUCGUUGGUGGCCUUGCUCGUCUCUUUGGCAAUUUUUUGUCGAUUCAGGUCACUGAGGAAUACCAGGACAAGGAUACAUAAGAACCUUUUCGUUGCCAUGGUCAUUCAAGUUCUAAUAAGAUUGAUCUUGUACAUAGACAUCGAACUUUUGAGAAAGAAAACACAUGGCACGCAACGUGGCAUAGGAAAUACGCCGUUUCUCUGCGAGGCCAAUUACGUUUUGUUGGAGUACGCUAAGACCGCCAUGUUUACGUGGAUGUUCAUCGAGGGUCUCUUCCUUCACAACAUGGUUACCGUGACCGUCUUUCAAGAGACGUCUUAUUACCGUAUGUACCGAUUCGUGGGCUGGGGAUGUCCCGUCGUGAUAACGUUGAUCUGGGCCAUCGUCACAGCGCUUUACUAUCAUCCCAAAUCGAAAUUUUUGAGAUGUUGGUCGGGAUACAAUUUAUCUUCCUACUUUUGGAUUAUCGAAGGUCCGAGAUAUGUCUUAAUACUGCUGAAUUUUUUGUUCCUGCUCAACAUCAUACGCGUGUUGGUGAUGAAGCUACGGCAAAGUCACACCAGCGAGAUUGAAAAAGUUUUAAAAGCUGUGAGAGCGGCCGUAGUUUUAUUACCCUUGUUGGGUAUCACCAACAUCUUAUUCAUGAUCGAAGCUCCGCUGGACAACGUUAAGAAAUUUGCCUUGUGGUCGUAUUCGACGCAUUUCCUUACAUCUUUCCAGGGCCUCUUUAUUGCGACCCUUUAUUGCUUCCUCAAUGGCGAGGUGAGACUAGCUCUGGACAAGACCAUCUCCGUCUAUCUAUUCCUAAGAGGAACGGACCUUCAAGCGAGAAGACAGUCGACUUACAGCGGUUGUCAGCCUUAUCGAAUAACCUCGGAACGGCGCUCUGAGUAUGGCAGUUCUUGCGAAUCUUCAACAUCUAGAAACAAGGCUCGCGUUAGAACAUCCCCUCGAGUUAUUGAACAUCCAGCGAUGCCUUUGAACUUGACAACGACAACGACGACGAUGACGAGUACGACGACUACGACGACUACGACGACGACGACGACGACGACGACGACGACGACGAGGACGACCACGACGACCACAACGACGACCACAACGACGACGACGACGACGAAGACGAAGACGGAUAACGAGCAACUCAUUGAUGAAGCCAAUGAUUACACGAUCACUAUCUAAACAUCAAUCGUCUAAAGUAAUCUCGCAACUAUUUUCUCUAUAUCCUUUAUUGUUAUCAUCGAGUAUGGUGAAAUAUUAUUCGAGCCAAAUUCGAUGAGAUUAAAAUGAAUCGCUUGGAAAAAAUAAUGUUCAACGAUCGCUUCGCGCAAGUUGAGCAAUCUAUGAAGCUAUCUAAGUUGUAUUAACUAAAAGUUUCUAACUCGAUCUCGAAAAGUGUGAGAAAACGCGAUGAGUGAUUAUGAUCGAUUCGCAGAUUUGGACGAAUAGAGAGUUCGUAAAGUUCGAACUUGAACAACGUCGAACGACGAUGAACGGGUGUUAUCGCACGCAUGUAUACAUACCUAUAUAUAAUAUCAGAUUAAUUCUAAAUUCAAGGAAAGAUUGAUUUCUUUUUCUUGUUUUUCUUUCUUUUCUUUCUUUUAACGAGUCUACGGACGUAGUGCGCCGCACGAAAUCGUCGUUCGGGAGAUUGUUAUCCUAAAGAAUAAUGAAAAGUCCUUUUUAAGCGUGUAUAUCCUAUAACUUAUAUGUGUACCCACGUAGAAAUAAGAAAUAUUAAUACUCUCAAGUGUAAGCUAUAAGGUUUACGAUAUGACAUUUUAUAGACAUAUAAGAUAAGGACUUGAUUGACGUGCUUGAUAAAAAAGAAAAAUAAUAAAAAUCACAUAUUAAAUGUUGUUGUUGUAGAGCUUUUUCGAAACACGUAAUUAGGGCAUCUUGCCAAUUCGAUUAGCAUUGGGUAAUUAAUAAUAAAAAAAAAAUUACACGGGAAAAGGCUAAUCUCUUGAUAUUGAUUGAACGGAUGAAGAUAAAAAUAAAAAACUUUGACUAAUUUCGAUAAUUGACCGAUAACCGACAGCUAAAGAUAAAACAUGAGAGCAAAUAGAAACUAAGAGGAGUGGCUAUUGUGUAUUAUUAUCGUCGUUUUCGAUUUGCAAACUACGAGAAAGUUGCAUGACAAAAGUGUCCUUAUAUCGUUUAGAAAAAUCGUAAGUUACGAUUGCUCGCGAGGGAAUAUAGUUUAAAGAUUACAUUAUCCAUAUCCACGCAAAUCUUAGAAACGUCCUUUUAAUACACGAUAUAAAUAAGAAAUUUAUUGCUUUGCAUUGUACAUGGUAAUUAACAUAUUCGGUAAAGAAAUUCUGCGUCCAUACGCGAAUACGGUACAAUAUACUCGCCUCCUCUUCGUCUCCUCUCUCACCGCUGGUACGUACCUAAUUAUACAUUAUAGAAAUUGCCCAUGCAAUUAGAGAUUUUUGUCAAACUUUUUCAAACUUGGCUCGUGCCCAAGUGCUUAAGCCGAUAAUAAAUAUUAUUUGUUUCUCGAGUCUCUGUAAAAUCGAUACAUGUCGAUUGUUGUUAAUAAAAAUAUGAAAAAGCCGUGGAAGCAUAAAA